AUGCUGGGAGGAGGUUACAGCGCUACGGGAUUGCUGCGCGGGUGGAUUGGAAGAAGGACAAUCGCCAGAGCUGCUGCCGCCCAUCGUCGACAACAACUCGAAGCACAAGCACAAGCACAAGCACAUUCCGCCGCCAUUGCCAGGUCGCACCUAAGCACACGCUCCUUUUCCUCGCACGACGACCGUCUGCGCUCUCGCAACAUGCUCAAAACAGCAGUCAACAGGCACAACGCCUCGACUGCUGCCUCCAAGCCUCUCGAUCAACAGCUCUUCUCUUCUAGCCCUCCGGCGCAGCAGCAGUCCCAGAAGUCUUUCGUCUUGUCUACAGCCUCCAGAAAUUCAAAAUCCAUCAACGGUCUCAAGCGCACACACUCCGGUCUCGCAAAGACCUUUGGCAACACCGCCUCCUUUGACGAUGCACAGAAUGAACCCGUUGUAUGCGCCGUCCCUGAAGUCACCAACAGCGAAUACUUUGACGCCGACGACUUUGACGACGACUUUGAUCUCGAUGAUCUGCUUGUCGAAGAGCCCACGGCGGCCAGAAAACCUACUCCGCGAACCUCCGUUUCCAAGAACACCAUCUCGUAUCCUACCCUCCCCAAGAUCACCGCCCCGCAACACUCUGCGUUCCAUCCAACUCUGCCGAAACGUCAGGUCCGCGAUCCUGGCGCUCCCGAUGACUCUGGCUACGUCUCUACCGAACACACUCGGCCAGCUCAAGAAAACUUUGGAAGUAGUGCUCCUUUGCCCUGGUCUUCAUCGCCCACCGAACACUUGAAUCCUUCGCUCAACGCAUCCACACUUAGCCGCUUUGCAUAUAACGGCAGCAAUGGCCCUACCGCUCCUCGACCUCGAGCACAGCCGACAUCAGCCCCUGUGAAGACCGAGCCCGCAGCUGCUUCCAAGCGUAGAACAUUGCCGUGGCUAAAGCAAGAGACAUCACAACCAGAACACGACCUACAUUCUAUUCCUCCUGCCAAAAGACGCGUCGUCGACGCAACUCCUAUUCAAACAUCUAAGAAGAGCGCUCUCCCCUGGAACACAACCGCGAGUGCCAUCAAGGAACAAAAGACCAGUCUUCGCGAGAUCAACAAGAAAAAGUCCAAACUCAAUGAACCUUCCGACGAGGUCAUCCAGAAAGCCAAGUCCAAGAGUCGCAAAAACAUGGUCGCUCGUGUCUUCCUCAGUGACGAACAACAACACAUUAUCGCAACCCUUCGCAAAAAGUACCUCCGCGAACCCGAUCGUGUUGCUGUCACUGCUUCCACUGGUCUUGCUGCGUGUAACAUCGGUGGUGUCACAUUGCACAGUUUUGCUGGUAUUGGCCUAGGCAAAGAAGACGUUCCGGAAUUGGUCAAGAAGAUCAAGCGCAAUCAGAAGGCAAAGCAUAGGUGGAUGCGCACAAAAGUGUUGGUCGUUGAUGAAAUCUCAAUGGUUGAUGGUGAUCUGUUCGACAAGCUCGAAGCUAUCGCCCGCCAAAUCAGGAACAAUGGUCGACCCUUUGGUGGUAUCCAGCUUGUCAUCACCGGCGACUUCUUCCAGCUGCCUCCAGUACCGGACAGCGGCAAGAUUGCGAAAUUCGCGUUUGACGCAGCCACAUGGUCAACGAGUAUCGAGUACACGAUUGGACUGCAUCACGUCUUCCGUCAGAAAGACCCUAUAUUUGCGAACAUGCUCAACGAGAUGAGAGAGGGUCGCAUGAGUGCCGAAAGCAUCAAAACAUUCCACACGCUUAGCCGACCUCUGGAGUCUGAGAGUUCCAUCGACGCUACCGAGCUCUUUCCAACGAGAAAUGAGGUCGAGAACGCCAAUCAGAGCAAGAUGAGCCAGCUUGUGGGCGAGAUCAGAACCUUUGAGGCACGAGAUGGAGGCAGUAUUACUGACAAGACUUUCCGUGACAAGCUGCUCGCCAAUUGCAUGGCUCCUGAACUGAUCACACUAAAGAAGGGCGCCCAAGUCAUGCUCAUCAAGAACAUCGAUGAGAGCUUGGUCAACGGCUCGCUGGGAAAAAUCAUUGGUUUCAUGAACGAGAUCCAAUUCGACUCUUACAAUAACAAUGAAGAGGCAUUCAUGGCUACUCAAGGUGGAACUCUCAAGGAUGAAAGCGCCAUAGGUGGCCUUGACAAGAAGAAGACUGCCCGUGAACGCCUCAUGGACAACCUGCUAGGUAGUACUACACAGAUCUGGCCUGUGGUUCGCUUUACCCUUGCAGACGGCACAACUCGAGACCUUCUGUGUCAACGCGAAACCUGGAAGAUCGAACUCCCAGACGGCGAGGUCCAAGCCUCGCGCGCACAAAUUCCGCUCAUUCUCGCCUGGGCACUGAGUAUUCACAAAGCUCAAGGUCAGACACUGGAAAGAGUCAAGGUAGAUCUCGGCAAAGUCUUUGAGAAAGGACAGGCAUAUGUCGCACUCUCUCGUGCGACCAGUAUGCAAGGUCUACAAGUGCUGCGCUUUGAUCCACGCAAAGUUGUCGCCCAUGAGAAGGUUCGCACAUUCUACCAAAACCUCUCCCGGGUGGAAGGUCUAGAGCAGAGCAAGCCCAAGGCCGAAAGAGGCAAGACCACAAGUCGUGGCAACGGUGUUACUGCCAACGAGUAUGAGCGUGGCUUCAUGGAUGGAAAGAUGUAG